UGUGGCUCAAUCGUCUCAAGGACGCGAUGUAUGGCAUCGCCGAUAUGAUUGAUGAUUUUGAAGCGGGAACUGAGGCAGGGCCAACAUCCAAGUUAUCCAUGAAGAAACAUCUAGCAGUUAUGAUGCCUUGUUUCACAAUCGGCCCCAAGUUAACAAUGGCCAACAAGAUGAAGACAAUGAGAGAGGAACUGAAGGGCAUCACAGAACAAUAUCAGAAAUUCAUGUUAGUGUCAGGCACUAAAGACGAUGAGCUGGAAGUCAUCCAAAUGCGUGAAACAUCAUCAACCAUUGAGGCAUCAAUCAUUGGAAGGACUGAAGAAGAAAAUAAGAUAUGGGUUUCUUUAUGUGAGAUCAUGAUAGAAGAGCUCAUUGUCCUUGCUAUACACGGCAUUGGAGGCCUUGGCAAGACGACCUUGGCGAAAAUGAUUUACAAUAAUAAAACCAAAUUUGAAGACUAUUUCCGAGUGUGGAUUUAUGUGUCCGAGAAAUUUGACUUGAACAAAAUUGGCAAUUCUUUAAUAAGUCAGCUGUCAGAGAACGAGAGUACGUACACUGAAAAGCAGAUGAUACACAGAUCACUUGCACAACUAUUCACCAAUAAGAAGAUUCUUAUUAUUCUAGAUGAUUUGUGGGCAGAGGACGAUUCCCAAUUGGAUAGUCUAGUUGCAAUGCUUAAGGUUGGCCAGGGUAGCAAGGUGGUUGUCAUAGCAACCACACGCAAUGAGGAGAUUGCAAGGAAAAUUUCGACCAUUCCUUCGUAUGAGCUAGCAUCACUAACAAAUGAGAUGUGCUGGACUAUAAUUAAGCAAAAAAGUGGCUUUGAAUCUAGAGAUGAUAAAGAACAGUUAAAUGAUGUAGGGGAAGCCAUUGCAGCGAAGUGUGGAGGUGUGGCUUUAGCUGCUCAAUCAAUUGGGUCCAUUUUGGAAACUAUGACCUCUAAUCAAUGGAAGAAAGUGAGAGACAGUGAUAUCUGGAAAGUAUCUAAUUCUUCUUUAGAUCCGAAAGAUAAAGCUGCAACACGGGUGCUUGCAUCCUUGAGGUUAAGUUAUACUUUUAUGCCUCGGUACUUGAAGCUUUGCUUUGCCUAUUUGGCAAUCUUUCCAAAAGGCUGUAAUAUAUCUAAAGGUGAUCUUAUUCACCAGUGGAUUUCUCUUUCCUUUAUUGGGGCAACACCAACAUUCACCGCUUGGGAGCUCGGCGAGAUAUACAUUACUCAGCUUUUGAAGCUUUCCUUCCUUGAACAUUCGAAGCAUGAAAGAUUGCUCUUUGACGAUACCGAUGUUACAGCGUUCACCAUGCACGACCUGGUGCACGAUCUAGCCAGAUCGGUGAUGGACGAUGAAAUACUUCUCGCUGGCAAUGAUGACAACAUUGGGGGAAACCGCUGCCACUAUGCACUGCUCAAUAAUUGUAGCAAGUCAUUGGAGUCACGGAGGAUAAGGGCGAUCCGUUUUAUGGGCUUGGCUGAAAUUGGACAUGAUGAUGCUGCAUUUGCCUAUGCUAAAUCCCUGCGUGUGUUGGACUUGAGCGAGUGCUCGAUUCAUAAAUUGACAAAUUCAAUUGGCCGAUUGAAGCAGUUGAGGUAUCUUAAUGCACCAAGAGUACGACAUGAAGUUAUUCCGGAUAGUAUCACUAGGCUGUCGAAAUUGCUUUAUCUCAGUCUUAGAGGAUCUUCUCUAUAUGCACUGCCAGGGUCAAUCGGAGAAAUGAAGGGUCUGAUGUAUCUUGAUUUGUCACGCUGUAAGAGAAUUAAAGAACUGCCAGAAUCAUUUAGGAGGCUAAAAAAAUUGUCGCAUUUUGAUUUGUCAAACUGCUCUGCUUUGGAAAAUAUAUUGAAGUUUAUGUGGAGCCUCACGGACCUCCAAUAUCUCAACUUAUCAGGAUGUUGCCGUAUUGGAUCGCUACCAGAAUCUCUAGAUGGCCUUUCUAGUCUACAAUACUUAAAUUUAUGUGGCUGCUUUCGACAAGGUGAAUAUCUGAUGGAUAGUAUCAGUACCCUUUCCAGUCUAGAGCAUUUGGAUCUGUCUCGUAAUGAUGGUAUUACUUCUCUACCAGAAAGUUUUGGUAAUCUGAUAAAGCUGCACACCCUGAAACUCUCGUACUGGUACAAGAUUCAGAAGAUACCAAAAAGUAUAGGUAGAAUUGAUACUUUGAAGACCAUAUAUUUAGACGGCGUCUAUGGUCUUCAUGAAGAACUUGUACCUCAUCCUAGUACCAGUUUCGUACCAUUACCAAAUUUUAUGGUGCGCGUCAGAGAUGGUGAAUCGAGCAGCAAUCUUGUCUGCUUAAAGGACACGAAUCCUGAGAAGCUGUAUAUAUUCUGGCUUCAAAAUGUGAAGUCCGCAGAAGAGGCUCAGAGUAUAAAGUUGAUGGAAAAAAACAAUCUCCUAACAUUGGAAUUGUCGUGGACUCAAGGUGCUGAGAGGUUUGUGGAUGAUAAAGUCUUGUUAGAGAAACUAGUGCCACCGAAAAGUUUGCAGUACUUGAAGAUAACUGGUUAUAAUGGCGUCAGCCUGCCAACAUGGGUCGGCCAACAGAAUAGUUGGGUGAGACUAAUGGGUAUGCGGCAUCUAGAGGAGUUGAGUGUGUCAGCCUCGAAUGGCAUGUUGAGCAUAAAAGAUUGCCCCAAGUUGAAGAUGGGGCCACUUCUUCCUAGAGCAGUUUGCAUGUUGGAGAUAAACAGUAGUGAUAAUGUGCUGUCAUCAUGGGGAGAGUGUAGAAUGUCAAGCACUCCAGAGUGUGCUUCUUCCUCCUCUUCUUUUUCUUCUUCAGUAUCAACUAUACACACCCUGGCAGUUGGAUACAGUGAGCUGCCCAUGCAGCAGUGGAGACUGCUUCGCCACAUCUCUGGCCUUGAGGCUUUAACGAUCGAGAGUUGUCCUGACAUGAUCGUCUCCCAUGACAUCAUCCCGCAUCUGUCCUCUGUUAAGUAUCUGACGAUAAUCAGAUGCAACAUCUCAUCAUUGCCGCAUUGGGUCAUGGACUUAACCGGUCUCAAGGAGCUUUCGAUCGUAUAUUGUGAAGGCAUGAGGUCUUUGCCGGAGGGCAUACAACAACUCACCAAGCUUGAAACACUUUACAUUGCCGAAUGCCCUGAUUUGAAGAAGUGGUGCGAAUCAGAUGAAAACAAGAUGAAGCUCGCUCACAUAAAAGACAAGCGGUUUUAGUGAAGCAAUCACAGAGAGAAAUGUCUAUCUUGGAUUGGACCGAACCGGAAACUCAGUCACAUGAACAAUCAAAGAAGUACAGAGAGUCAGCUAAAGAGCAUACAGUAAUCCAGGCCGGAAGAAAGUACAACCAUCAGUAUCUAUAUUGACCUACGACUAGUUUUCUCUACACAAGGCUUUAUUCUAUUUUUCAUAAUA